AUAACAGUCUUGCCUGCCUGAACCAAAGCCGAAGAAGUAGCGAACUUGCAGUCGCUCUUUAAUGACGUAGAAAAAUCCUCUGACCGAUUUGUCUGACAUGUUUUAACCAGAACAACGUGUUUACAAACAUAAAGAUGAAUUUAUCAGGGUUUAUACACAGCCUUAGAUGCUCUUUGCUUCAUAUCGAGUGCAGACUUCUGCAGGCGGCUGGACUGGACCGACAUCUGGCUCCAGCGCUUGCAGUUAGCGGUCAUAGCCUCCUGCCUCAACUUCGGCCUCAGGAGGAGCAGGAGGAACAGCCUCCCGGCCUCAUGGACAGCAUCAUGUGGAUGGCAGCACCCAAGAAGAGACGCACCAUAGAGGUCAAUCGCACAAGGAGGAGAGCAGUGGAGAAACUUAUUAAAAUCAAGACUAAUAUUGAACCAUGUCUAGAAUGUGGCCACCUGAAGCAGAAACAUGUCCUUUGUGGUUUUUGCUACGCCAAGGUGCGCAGGGAGACCACUUUGAUUCGCCAACAGAUUCAAGUGAUGGAAGGUGGCCCACUGAAAGCUCCUGCUGUGGAGACCAUUGUGCUGUAUGAAGGGGAGACACCGAGCCAACAGGACAAAGACAAGAGGAUCGUUGAAAAGCCCAGUAAAAGACCUGCUUGGUUUAGCUGAAGAAGUAAAUGUCAACGGCCACACACUUUCAGUUUGAAGUAGAAAUAUAGUAAUUUUCUUUGAUAAAAUCUCAUGCUCUUAUUUAGUAACAUUUUUCUAUCAAAACCAAAACAAUUGCAUUUACAUGUAAGACAGUGUGACUUUGUCAACAUAAAUGUAAAUUUGAAACUAUUGUACAUUGACUGUUGGUGUAAAACAUUCAUGUAUGCUAUUCAAUUGCCUAUAAAUAAAGGAUUUAAUGUAAAAAAAAAA